AUGAGUGUACCUAAAGGAAAUAAUAAUCAAGAAGUAUAUCUUGAACCUGUAAGUCUUACAGGACCAUUAUCACCAUCAUUUAAAAAGAGAGGUCGUACAUUUUCACAAACAAGAAAUGCGUCUUUUGAUAAAAAGUCAAGUCCAUUAUUUUUAAAUGAAGGAAUAAAUGAAAAUGAAUCACCAAGAAGAAGAAAUACUAUUAAAAAAUUAACUGAUGUUAUUAAAAUAUCACCUGUUUUAAAAAGAAAUGAAAUUGAACCAAUUUCACUUCAAGAAACAAUUCCAAUAUCGGUAAUGGAUUUAGCACAUGAAAUGAUAGAAGAAAAAGAUUUUAAUGAAACAUUAAUGGAAGAAGAUGUUUUAAUUCUUUUAAAUAAAAUAAUUCCUAAAGCAGAUUUUUGGAAACAAACUAAAGGUGAAAAAGAAUUAAAAACAAAAUUUGGACAAGUUAUUUUAAAAUGUUAUAAACAUAGUAUUUUCUUUUUUGAAGAUGAGACAAGAUGUAGUAAAGUUAAAAUUCCAUUUGAUGAACAAGACAUAGUAAAUUGUAGAAUUUGUGUUCAUGCAAUGGAAAUUACCCAUUGUGAAUUACUUCGUUGUUUUAUUAAAAUACUUAAAAGAAUAAAAGAUGUUAAUGAAAAUAAUAUUCAAAUUAUUUGUAAAAUUAUGAUUUCAGGUGGAUUUAUGAAAACAUUUGGAGUUGAUUUAUUUAUUAAAUUAGGUACUUUUCUUGAAUUAUGUAAACAAAAAGAAAGUGAUGUAUUUGAUUUACAGUCAAGAGAACCUUUCUAUACUUUAGAAGGAAGGUCAUUAAUUAUUACUCACUGUAGUAAUGAAGUUAUGUUACAAAUGAUUUUUUCAAGAAUUCAACAAAUUGGUCAAUUUAUGGAGGAUUAUAUUGCAUUUACACCUUAUAUUUGUGAUUUUCAAACUACUUUUGAAAAUUUUAUUAAAAUUCUUGAUGGAAUUGAAAAAGAUUCUAAAAAUGUUAAUGUUUCUAAAGAUUGGAUGAUUUUUGGUAUUAGUAGAUUUGAAAAAAUGAUUAUUUGUUGGAUUAAUAUUAUGGGAAAUGCUAUUCGUGAAGAAUGCUCUUAUUUAUUUAAUAGAAUCAAUGCUGUGAUUCAAAGAAGUUCUUUAUUAACUACUAAAUUUAAAAAAGAAUUACCUUUAUUAUUAAAACAAUAUUCUCAACCUCGUACAAGUUUAUCCAAAUUAGCUCCUUAUGAUAUUAAACAUGUAAAUCAAUUAUUUGAUGAAAAAAGAAUGAGUAUUGUUAGAACUAAAAAUACCCUUAAAAAUGUUAAAGAGAUUAAUGAAACUAUUGAUUCUAUCAAAUAUUAUUUUACCUCAAUGAAAACUUCUUUUUUUACUCAACAAUUAAUUAUUUUUGAUCAAGAAGUUCUUUCUCAAGUAAUGAAAUAUGAUCUUUAUCUUCAUAAUGAAGAAGGAACAUUAGAAAGAUAUAUUAAAGCAAUGAGAUGUAUUGAAGACAUUUUUAUUGAUAUCACUUGUAAUGAAUCAACUAAAAAAAGUAUUAAAAAAUCUAUUAAAAUAGCUAAAGAAUGUUUUGAGGAGAGUGACUUCAAUAUGUCAUAUUUAGUAUUCUCUUGUUUAUCCAGUUCUUUUUCUCAAUGUUCUGAACUUUGGAAUAAAAUUGAGAAAAAACAUAUUCAAACAUUUGAAAAACUUCAAGAGGUAUAUUCUAUUAGUAGAAAUUUUAAUAAUUAUCGUAUUAGUUUUGAAAAUAGGGCAUUUCCUAAAGUCCCUAUCUUAUCUCUUUGGAUGCAUGAUAUUGUUAAUAUUAAUGAACAAGAAACUUUUACUGAUCCUCAAAAACGUUAUUUAAAUCUUUCUAAAAUGAGGAGUCUAUCUUCAGUAUUGAAAUUACUUCAUUACUCUCAAACAAUUAAAUAUGAAUUUCACAAAGAUCAAAGAUGUGUUAUGACAUUAAUGAAGCUUAGUGAUUAUUAA